CUUCAAAGAGCGUCGAACACGAUUACGCAUCACUGCGUCUCUCUGGAAUCCCAAUGUCGCUAGUCCUCGGAGCUGCAGUUACCAUACUCUCUGCGCUUCCUCGUUCUAUCAGCGAGUCUAUAAUUCAUUUCGCAAAUAUGAGGAUGCCGGACGUGAAGAAUGAUCCUUCCAAAGUCCAAUUGGUUCGACUCGGCCAUGUGAGCUUCGAGCACCCGGAUCUGGAGAAGUUCAAAGAGUUCGCCAAAGAUUUUGGUUUCGUGGAAGAAAGGGUGGAGGAAGACCGGGUAUACUACCGUGGCUAUGGCAUCGACCCUUUUCUUUACGUCGCAAUUCAGAGCAAGACGAAACAGCCAAAAUUCCAUGGUCCAGCGUUUGUGGCCGCGUCUCAAGCCGAGUUUGACAAGGCAGCCGCUCUUCCAGGUGCUCAAGUGGCAUCUUUGGAACAUACCCCAGGCGGUGGUAGCAUCGUCAGCUUUGAGCGAUCCGACAAGACGAUGUUCCAUGUCAUUUUCGGCCAGAAGGAGCGAGAGAUCGAGACGACCAAAGAACCAAGCGCAACACACGAACAACUCGGCCCGAUGAACACACCAUUCGCGAAGCCCCGGCAAGGUAAAUUCCAGCGGUUCCAUGAAGGUCCUGCGCUUGUGCACAAGCUCGGCCACAUGGGCUACGUUUACCGCGACUUUGACACCGAAGUCAAGUGGUACACAUCAAAUUUCAACUUCGUCCCAAGCGACAUCUUACAUCAUUGGGACUUCUCAAAUAUGGAUGUUCUUGCAUUCAUGCAUCUCGAUCUCGGAGAGAAGUACACAGAUCAUCAUGUCCUGUUUCUACAGCGCGCACAACCGGAAGUCAAGCAAAGUUUCAUUCACCACUCUUCGUUUGAGGUAGCAGAUUUCGACACACAGCUAAUUGGCCAUCAAUGGCUGGCCAAAAAGGGUUGGAAGAGCGUAUGGGGCGUCGGGAGGCACGUGUUGGGCAGCCAAAUCUUCGACUAUUGGCAGGAUUCCAGUGGCUUCAAGAUUGAGCAUUACGCAGACGGGGACUUGGUGAACAUCGAUACGCCGACUCAGCGCGACGUAGUUGGACCGUUCUCAAUUUGGGGUCCAGAGGUUCCCAAAGACUUCGCUGAUAACGGUAUAUUCCCGUAGUGUUAUAAUGAUUGAUUGAGGAACCCAUGAAGGUGAAGUCAUUCACUGAUGCGAUAGCGGCGUCGGUCAAGUUGUUGGACGAGGCGUUUCACUCGGCCGGCUUAACAUCGGGGCAGCAAUUUACUUAGUCACCUGGGCAUUGGACAUGCUCAUCGAAUUAGUCAUCGGGAUGGGCCGACUGAUUCAUCGAUUCUUGGAC